AUGAAUGACCUGCUGCCCAUCACUGGAAACACCCUCCCCCUCCUAAAUGUCUUCUUCUCGCUCUGCCUGGCUCUCAUGGUGGCCAGUCUGCUGGAGACCAUCCUCAUCACCAAUCUUCUGCACAGCUCUGCUGACCUUCCUCCCGUCCCGCGCUGGAUGCACAUUCUCAUUCUGCAGAUUAUUGGUUUUCUGGUUUUUCUACCUUGGAAGCCUAAAGAGCCCAGAGAUGCAGACAUGAAAAUGCAUGAGGUGGUGGCAGAAGUAAGCAAGACACCAGUGGAGGCCCCAGAGAAGGUCCUGGCCAUGGAGAAGGUCCAGGCCCCGGAGAAGGUCCAGGCCCCAGAGGAGGUCCAGGCCUCGGAGAAGGUCCAGGCCCAGGAGGAUCACCAGGCCUUAGAGGAGCUGAGGAGCCUGGGGAAGGACCUCCAGGCCGUUCGCCUCCUUGUGGAGAAGCAUCAGGGUGGAAGUCCAAGCUCAGAGGAGUGGAUCCAGUGUCGACAGCUGAAGGUCAGGCCUUUUAAGGUUCUCUUCAUCUUCAUCUCGGUGCUCGUCCAUGCUCAGUGCACUCCUGUCAUGUUCAACUGUUCUCAGCCUGAUCCUCGGGCUCUUCUGGAGGCUCUACAGCCCGUCUUCAAACUCAAAUCCAUCCGACCCGUGUACAACCUGUCCACCCCCACUCUGGUCUACAUCGACUUCAUCAUGUUUGGAAUUCUAGGGGUGCUGAUCAUGUAG